GGCGCUUGGCACUUUUCAUUUAAUGUGAAAUUUUACCCGCCAGACCCUGCGCAGCUAUCUGAGGAUAUCACCAGGUACUACCUCUGCUUACAGUUGCGAGAUGACAUCGUGUCUGGAAGGCUGCCCUGCUCCUUUGUCACACUCGCCCUCUUGGGCUCCUACACUGUCCAGUCAGAGCUUGGAGACUAUGACCCGGACGAAUGUGGGAAUGAUUACAUUAGCGAGUUCCGCUUCGCACCAAACCACACGAAAGAACUGGAAGAUAAAGUGAUUGAGCUGCACAAGAGCCACAGAGGAAUGACGCCAGCAGAAGCAGAGAUGCAUUUCUUGGAAAAUGCCAAAAAACUUUCCAUGUAUGGGGUAGAUUUACAUCAUGCCAAGGAUUCUGAAGGAGUAGAAAUUAUGUUAGGAGUUUGUGCAAGUGGUCUGUUGAUAUACCGUGACCGACUGCGAAUAAACAGAUUUGCCUGGCCCAAGGUUCUAAAAAUUUCAUACAAACGGAACAACUUCUACAUUAAGAUCCGGCCGGGAGAGUUUGAACAAUUUGAAAGCACCAUUGGGUUUAAGCUGCCAAACCAUCGAGCUGCUAAACGUUUAUGGAAAGUAUGUGUGGAACACCAUACCUUUUUUAGACUGUUGCUACCAGAAGCGCCUCCAAAGAAAUUCCUUACCCUGGGCUCCAAGUUUCGUUACAGUGGCAGGACGCAAGCCCAGACAAGAAGAGCCAGUGCACUGAUAGACCGUCCUGCCCCUUACUUUGAACGCUCGUCCAGCAAACGUUACACCAUGUCUCGCAGCUUGGAUGGAGCAUCAGUGAAUGAAAACCAUGAAAUAUACAUGAAGGAUUCUGUGUCUGCUGCAGAGGUUGGUACUGGCCAGUACGCGACAACAAAGGGCAUCUCUCAGACCAACUUGAUCACCACCGUGACGCCGGAAAAAAAGGCCGAGGAGGAGCAUGACGAGGACGAGGACAGACGGAAAAAGGCAGCAGAAGCCACGCCUGUCACAGCGGCACGGCCCGAGGGAAAGUCACCUUGGCUUGGCACUGACUCAUGUCCCCCGUCACCCCCAUCAGCCCAUUGUCCCCCUGCACUGCCCACAGAGCUCCGUAGGAGGUGUAAGGAGAAUGACCACCACCCUCUGGGUGUUGAGCUGUCCAAAGGCACUGGGCACUUGCGUGGGGAGUCCACACUGGACUCGGAUGGCAAAGGAAAGCCCUUCCUGGGAGACCAAGAUGUGACAUUUAGCUACAAACAGCCAACUGGCAAAGGGACAACCCUGUUUUCCUUCUCCUUGCAGCUCCCUGAGUCAUUCCCUUCUCUUCUAGAUGAUGAUGGGUACCUCUCUUUCCCUAACCUAUCGGAAACCAGCCUCCUCCCCCAGAGCUUGCAGCAUUACCUCCCAAUUCGCUCACCCUCGCUCGUGCCCUGUUUCCUCUUCAUCUUUUUCUUUCUGCUCUCCGCCUCCUUCUCAGUGCCAUAUGCCCUCACUCUCUCCUUCCCUCUGGCUCUGUGCCUCUGCUACCUGGAGCCCAAGGCGGCCUCCUUGAGUGCCUCACUAGACAAUGACCCGAGUGACAGUUCAGAGGAAGAGACGGACAGUGAACGCACGGACACUGCAGCUGACGGGGAAACCACUGCCACUGAGUCGGACCAGGAGGAAGAUGCAGAGCUCAAGGCACAGAAUAGUCUGAUUAAGCGAAUAAAGGGUGAAAAUGUGUAUGUCAAACAUAGUAAUCUUAUGUUAGAGGAGCUAGAUAAAACUCAAGAUGACCUGAUGAAACAUCAAACCAAUAUUAGUGAGCUGAAAAGAACCUUUCUGGAAACCUCCACAGACACUGCCAUCAUGAAUGAAUGGGAAAAGAGGCUCUCUACCUCCCCGGUGCGACUAGCCACCAGGCAGGAGGACGCUCCCAUGAUUGAACCACUGGUACCUGAGGAGCCGAGUGUGAUACAGAAAAUGCAGGACGGAGACUCUGCGGGCUCUGUGGUUACCUCUCAUCAAAUAAUUUUCCAGAAAACUGUCCCAUCAACCGUAGAGGGCACAGAGGAUUGGGUUAUUGUAGACAAAAUACCCACAGAGGUAGUUGACGGUGAUUCGAAAAAGAUUGUGACUUACAAGGUGGUGACCGUGAGCAGUAGAACUGGUGACAUUCCCUCCGAGCUGUUAAGAUCUAGUGUCCUGGAAAUGCAGAGCUUCGAAGACUUGGCCCGAGAAAUGCAAUUAAAAGAAGAAAGCAAACAGAAAAUAUACACUCUAGGAAAAUCGUACGACACCGUUUCAGGAAGAAUUGUUACCAUGACUGGAAAAACUAAAGAGGGGGAGAAGGUAGGGCCACCCUCGGUGCCGGAAGCUUUUCAGAAAACGGAGGGAGGACCGUGGGAGCCAGUGCAGAUCACUGCUGUCCCGGCGGAGUCCGAGGUCCUGGCCGCCACGGCCCACGAAAAACCUAAAAGGGGACCCGAGGCCCACACCCCUAAGCGGAGAUUGUCCGAGUCCCUGGCACCCAUCAAGGAAGCCGAGUCCCGGCGGCAGAGUCCUGAGGACGAGGACCGCCGGAGAGCCCCAGGCGCCGGGGCCGAGGCCUUGCAAGUGGGCGCCUUCGGGCCCCGGAGGAAGAGCCUGUCGGAGUGGAGAUACUCCCCGGAGCCGGUCGCCGCCGCCGCCCAUUCCGUUACCGAGUCGGCCGCAGCCCGAGUUGUGAGUAAACAGUCUUCUGGGGAAAAGCUCAUGGACGGCUCCGACAUCUUCAGUUUAUUAGAGUCUGCAAGAAAACCAACAGAAUUCAUAGGCGGGGUUGCUUCCACUUCUCAAAGCUGGGUUCAGAAAAUGGAAACCAAGACAGAGUCCAGCAAAACAGAGACUGAAACAACCCAGCACCCCCAGCUACUCAGCACUGAGAAGGUUGUGCAGGAAACUGUGUUGGUGGAGGACAGACAUGUGAUGAAUGUGCACGCAUGUGGGGAUGCUGCUUACGCGGCUGGAGAUGACACGGGUGCCACAGCACAGGCAGUGUCUGCUGACACCUCCAGCUUCAAAGGGAAGGAGGGCUCUGCUCUAACCCAGUGGGCUAAAGAGGAAAAGGGGGAGGUGACCCAUAAAGCUGUACUCGAACAGGAAGAAAUGGCUGUUGUUUCCCAUGAGCCAGAGGAAGAGCAGAGUACAACACUCCACGUUUCUGAAACUUUGGAACAAAAACCUCAUUUUGAGUCAUCAACUGUGAAGACAGAAACCAUCAGCUUUGGCAGUGUUUCACCAGGAGGAGUAAAGCUAGAAAUCUGUACUAAGGAAGUGCCAGUAGUUCACACAGAAACAAAAACCAUAACAUACGAAUCAUCCCAGGUUGAUCCUGGUGCUGAUCUGGAGCCAGGCGUGCUGAUGAGCGCACAAACAAUCACAUCUGAAACCACCAGUACCACGACCACCACCCACAUCACCAAGACUGUGAAAGGAGGCAUUUCAGAGACAAGAAUUGAAAAGCGAAUUGUCAUCACGGGAGAUGCGGACAUUGACCAUGACCAGGCGCUGGCUCAGGCAAUUAAAGAGGCCAAAGAGCAGCACCCAGACAUGUCAGUGACCAAAGUAGUGGUCCAUAAAGAGACAGAAAUCACACCGGAAGACGGAGAGGAUUGACCCCAGGAAUAACAGCCUGCACAUGAGUCCAGUCAUGAGAACCAUUAGGAAAACCAGAGCCUAUAUGGAUUUCCCUCUUCUAACCCAACUGACUUACAUCUGCCAUGGACAAUUUCAACCCAGAACCAACCUUGACCAUUAAUAAAGACAUUGGCAGAGAGAUUGUCCCGUAAUAAAGCAAUCUGAAUCAGCAUCACUAAACUGAUACUGCAUGAAGCAACAAUCAAUUACAAAAAAGCAGCAUUUUUAAUUUUCACAAAAUGUCUAAGUUUUCAGCUAUUACCUGCACGUUCAUAACCAACAAUAUAAACAGUGAUCUCAUGUAACACAUAAACAAUUCAUGCCUUUCAUAGUUUAUUAUUAUUGAAGCUGAAACAAAAUUGCAAUUUCUUAGGUGACAGAUCUUUUGUUUACAAAUAAAUGACCACUCCCCUAAAAUGCUAGAAGCUGUCUAGGUCCGGUGUGUCGGGUCAUCCCAGAUUAGCUGUGCCAAUAACCGAGUUUAUUCAGUAAACGAUUUGAAUCUUGUACUUGUUUCAUCUGAUUUUAUUACUCUCACCCAUAAACAAUAAUGACUCUCUGAUCCUCUGGAAAUAUUUAAUGCUUACAAUCCUGCUUUGUGUAUCUAAUUUAAUUCAUUAUAAGGUAGUACUGAGUUUAGCAUAUUAAUGUGAUUUCUUCCUUGUGGUCAGCUUUGGUCUAUAUUCAAUCUGGAAAGCUUCCCAGGGUCCCAUAACAAGUCCUAAAUAUGUAAAUUGUCAUUAUUUUGGGAAGAAAACCUGUAUUUUUGUUAGUUUACAAAAUUAAGAAAUUUCACUCCAGAAAAACCUGCUGGGCUUUUGUUUUCUUUUUUGUUUUGUUUUGUUUUUUCUUCCUCCUUGUAUUUUGUAAUUGAUUAUUCUUCUUUUACUUGAAAAACGUGUUUGGUUUCCAAAUCUGGUCCAUAUUUACAAUUUAGUUCAGAGCCAAGCCUUAAAUUGUACAGAAUUUCCAUUGUAAUUAAACUAUUAAGUGUUUAGUUAUAAAUAGCCUUCAAAAAGAUAUAUUCUCCAUUACACUGUCAACUGCAUCACACAGCCCAUGGUAAAUGUAUGUUUCUGCAUAGAGAAAUAAAAAUGGUAAAUGCAUUUAAAACUCCAAA